CCCGCCUCCGCCGCACAAGAUGGCGGCCGGUGGGAGCGGCGGCGGCCCCGGGGGCCUUUCCUCCUCGUGCCCUCAGCCGCCGCCGGGGAACGGGGCCGCCGCCUCCUCUUCCUCCUCCUCCUCCUCCUCCUCUUCCUCCUGCACCAACGGCGCCUCCUCACCGCCCGGGCUCACCUAUAACCAGUGCGGCGCCUCCAGCCCCGCACCCGGCGGCGGGGGAGGAGGAGGAGGAGGAGGAGCGGGGGCAGCGGCUGCGGGGGCGGCCGGGGGGGCGCUGCAGCGGGAGCCGGUUUACAACUGGCAGGCGACGAAACCGACGGUGCAAGAGCGAUUCGCCUUCCUUUUCAACAACGAGGUGCUCAGCGACGUCCACUUCCUGGUGGGGAAGGGGCGCGGCUCGCAGCGCAUCCCGGCGCACAGAUUUCUUUAUUCAGACGAAGUUCAGAUUGGACCAGAGACUGUUAUGACAACCCUUUACACAGCUAAAAAAUAUGCAGUUCCAGCCCUUGAAGCUCAUUGUGUGGAGUUCCUUAAAAAAAACCUCCGAGCUGACAACGCGUUCAUGCUGUUAACACAGGCAAGACUGUUUGAUGAGCCUCAGCUGGCCAGCCUCUGCCUAGAGAACAUAGACAAGAACACAUCGGAUGCCAUCAACGCGGAGGGGUUUACAGACAUUGAUCUGGACACUCUGGUUGCGGUGCUGGAGAGGGAUACCCUGGGCAUCCGGGAGGUUCGUUUGUUUAAUGCAGUGGUUCGCUGGUCAGAGGCUGAAUGUCAACGACAGCAACUUCAGGUGAUUCCAGAGAACAAGCGGAAAGUACUGGGCAAGGCACUUUCCCUUAUCCGCUUCCCACUGAUGACUAUUGAGGAGUUUGCAGCAGGACCUGCCCAGUCGGGAAUCCUCACAGAUCGGGAGGUGGUGAGCUUGUUCCUCCACUUCACCGUCAACCCAAAGCCACGAGUGGAGUUCAUCGACCGACCGCGCUGCUGCCUGCGGGGGAAGGAGUGCAGCAUCAGCCGUUUCCAGCAGGUGGAGAGCCGCUGGGGGUACAGUGGGACUAGUGACAGGAUCAGGUUCUCAGUAAACAAGAGGAUAUUUGUAGUUGGGUUUGGAUUGUACGGAUCCAUACAUGGGCCAACGGACUACCAAGUGAAUAUACAGAUCAUCCACACAGACAGUAACACAGUCCUGGGGCAGAAUGACACAGGGUUCAGCUGUGAUGGAUCAUCCAACACUUUCCGGGUCAUGUUCAAGGAGCCUGUUGAGAUUUUACCCAAUGUCAACUACACAGCAUGUGCUACUCUAAAGGGUCCAGAUUCCCACUAUGGAACCAAAGGACUUCGCAAAGUGAUCCAUGAAUCACCAACAACGGGAGCCAAAACCUGCUUUACGUUCUGUUACGCGGCUGGGAACAACAACGGCACUUCUGUGGAGGAUGGACAAAUCCCAGAGAUCAUCUUCUACACAUAGUGCAGCUGCGGAGCUGGCUCUGGACUCUUCUCUUUCCCUGUCACCUUCCAAACUAAACUUCUGGCUGAGUUUGACCACACCGAUUGGAGCCACACUAGCCAAAGGUCUCUGUAAAACCAUUUCAAAGCUGAUGUUUUGCCUUGUGCUGGUGAUUCUGCUGCUGUCGGGUACCAGAUGAACUGGGGUACCGGUUCCAUUUGUUGGUUGUCUGUGGCUACUCGUUUUUCACUUCACUGAUUAAUCCUACCUAAUAACAUCCAUUUUUUUGACUGUAACGAAUGUAGAUGCUUUUCCACCAGUCAGGAACAUGUAAACAAGCGGCUCUGGUUGUGGUUAUACCCGCUGUGAGGAACUGAUCCUGCACAAAGACACAGUUGGGGCGGUGUGGCCCCUCUUCUUUGCUCCAGCUCAGCAGGCGAGGUGGGGUGGUUGGUGAGAUGUUUUCCAUGCGCUGCCGCAGUGCCUGGCACCUUCCCUCCUGCCAGCCCUGGGAAAAGUUAUGGGAAGUGGCCUUUUCCCUGGGGCUUUGUUGUUUCAGCACUACACGGUCUUGAGGGAGACCUCUGAACUGGAGCGCCUUUGGAGAAACUGCAGCGUUUUCAGGCUGUUCUCUCUGAUUUGUGACAAUCCUUCACCUUGGGCAGUUGGCAGCAGCGACCCAGCCUCCUCUGUGGAGUCGGGAUGGGGCAGCGGCUCCAGCUGAGCAGACUCUCUGUCCUCCCCUGCUGCGCUGGGGCCUGAGGUGCUUCUUUCAGACUUGGUAGCAUGUUUGGAACGAUGGGUGAUCCUCGCACACCCACCCUGUGCCGCCUUCAGGGUACCCAUCCCAGUCCUUACCAAGCUAACUGGAUCCCUGCGGACAGUGCCGGGGUUUGUCAGCUGGAGCAAGCGAGGGCCCCUUCUCACCUCCUCUGGUUCUGCUGUUGCUGCUGUUUUCAUGCACGUUUCAAUGCAUUUUCUCGUCGUUCCUUUGCAUUGCUAACCCACCUUGGGCCACUUCGCAGCCCCCUGCUCUGCUCCUGGAUAGGAAGAGGCUUGAUGUGCUGCUGCUGGUUACCUGACGGCACAGCGGAGGGAUGAGGAUUUAGGAAACGGAUGAGGAACACUUGCCCUGCGUAUGUUUGCAGCCUGCCUGCUGGGACAGGGGCAGGGGGAAGGUGUGAUAUUCACAGGUAUCGCCCGGCUUUGGGCUGUUGAGCUACAUAAUCAUGAAAAUUCCCUCCCGAUUGCCCGUCCCCGCGAGUUGUUCUGCUGUAGCUGAGCAGGAAGAUGCUGUGCCACCAGGGAGGAGGCGGCUGGCUCGUACCUGUGGCUGCCAGCGCUGUGAAGACCACGAGCCUGUUUCCUCCCCUUCUGCAGAGGAAGUUGGAGUUCCAGGACUGUUGGGCAGCGUGGCCAGAGCAGGCCGAGGUCUGCGGGGGAUGUGCUGGCAGGGGUGCUGCUGCCCCAGAGGUGCAUUUCCCUUUGGAAACCUCUCCCUCUGCUCCAGACACUCGGAACCGACAGAACUCACCAUAUUUACCCCCCAGAAGUGUAAAUCUGGUCACCUAUGGCCGGGGCAGGGCGCUCGGUGCCCUCUCCUCCUGCGGCUCUGGCUCUGCCCUCAGCCUGGGGCUGCCCGGAUGUCUCCUCAGCUGCACAGCAGUAAAUCAGUCAGGAUCAGCCCACACUUCAGAACCAGCAGCCGUUAGCGAUGUCACUCGUUUGUCAUGUUGAGCUGUGUACGUUGUCAGCCUGCGUUGGGGCAGGACAGUUUUAAUAUGGCCAGUACUGAACAAAAGAAGGGUCCACGGCUUCAUUAUCAAACCUGGCUCUGUGCAAUGCAAAGUGCUGGAGACGGAUGAAGGGAGCAGAUCCUUCCCCUCGGGAUACACGCAGCUGCACCCGCCCGCACCUCUCCUGCCUCUGCCUCUCUUGUCCAAGGCUGGGGGGCUUCAUCGCCUCCCUCUGUGAUCUCUUGGCUGUGGCUCCACAGGGCGGCAAUCAUGGAAAUCAUGGAAGCUGAAAGAAGCAAAGCUGUUCCCUUGGCUGUGGAAGGAGCAAGGCUGGAGGGCCGGUAUCGCACAACCCACACAGGCCUCUCCCUGCUGGCGCUUCCCUGGAAGCAUCUGCUUUACCAAGAUUUCAUUGUGCGGAUUCUCUUCCCAAAUCCAACCUCCUUGCUGUCACCCCCAGGGUUGGUCCGGUCGCUUUUCCUGGCACGAGGGAGAGGAGUUGAACUGAACCUACACCCGAGCACCUUCUGUCCCUGUGGCUUCCCUGCAGUUUGAUACAACUCUGGCUGUUGUAGAUAGAUGAAUGUAACUCCUUGUUGGACAAUGCCUGUUCCCAAAGUCGGAAAUGUUUGGUCGUCCCAUGUCACCUUCCAGCAGAACCGGGAUGUCUCCACUCCAGUGCUAUAUUGAUGAAUGUAUCCGAUGCUCUCGUUCCGUGCUCACACUCUGCUUUUGGCCAGCUUCGUGAUUUGUAAAUAGGAAAUCAAUAAAGACAUCAGGGUGUCUUUACAGCGGUUUCAUCGUUAAUUAAGAGAGCUGCUGUGGCAAAGGGACCUGCGCUGAGCCCAUUCCUGUCUGCCCUGGAUGAGAGGUGCUUUGCCCCCCGCCUCUGCCUUCCCCAGAGUCCAAGGGAACGGCGGAUCACUGCAGGGAAAGCCCAAACCCUCCAGGGAGCGAAAUUGCUGUGGAACCUGGUUGAACCCACACUAAAAGCUGCCCCAGCCCUCGCAGAGGUGGGUUGGGGUGUCUGAAAGGGGGGGGGACCCUGCUGUGAGUUGGGGAGGUGGAAGGGGCCAUUCCCCUGCCUGUUGUGCAGCUCCCCAACAGGCGCUUGUGGU